GAGAUAGAAGCAGACAAACGGGCAGCACUUGGACAAGUUCAGAGUGCAAGGUGUAGGAAGGAAGAAUGUAAAUUAUUUAGUAAUUUACAUAAACGGAAGAGUAGCCAACCUACAGUAGUUGGUGGAGUCAGUAAUGCCAGGAUGUGCCAAUUGAAACAAAGGGUGAAGGAAAAGAAACAUGAUGCACAUCCUGAAGUAUCUGAAUCUACAUUUUUAUCGGAUAUAAAGCUUCAACCUGCCUCAAACCCAAACCCACUCACGAAUGACAGUGGCCAGUGCCACCAAAAGGAAGAGAAAUUCGUGAUGUCAAAAAGGAACUAUGAUCUACACAACGACCCAAUGAGGAUUGGAAAACUGGACGGAAGGGAAGGCAGGUCUUCACAUCGCUGUGUUAGAAAUUACGGAGGUGUGGACUUCAAUAACACCCUGCUGAGGAUGGACGAGAGAAGACAGCGUUGUGCUGAUGAGAGAACUCCUUACCCCAAAAGUAACAGAGAAUUUGAGAUGGUGAUGAAUGGAAGAGAGAGGAUCAAUCACUCUGAGUGGGUGAAGGAAAGAGAGCAGUUCGAUAUGGAGAGGGCUACCAGAUAUCUUCUGGCAGGUCCACGACCGUGGGACUUGGACAAGAUCGACAAUUAGUCUCACAAGGCUUGUAUGAGCUUAGUAUUAACGGCAUACAACUUGGGCCUAAAAAAGGCGUUUGUUUCCGCUAACGAACUGAAAAAAAAUUGGACACGGUAGGCAGUCAAAACUUUUUAUCAAAUAUUUUUUUUUGUAUUCUAACAAUACUUGUUUUAUAACAGCCCAUGGAAUGACUUCAGUCUCAAGAGAUUCAAUCCGGCGAUGUCCGACAUCUCACUUACUUUACUUGUAUCCGUUUGUUCAGUGUGUAUGAGAACAAAAAUGUUCUCCAUUUUUAGUUCACUAUCGAUUGUCCUAAUUUGUUUUCGCUUGAUGCCGUGGACACACACGUCCAAAUACAAGGCACCCACUACAGAGGUCGCCAUUGUUGUUGUUGUUGUGCUUUUUUAUAUUCGAGCACCCGAUCGUUUUCGUCGGAAUUUCUACCGGAAACGGUGCGCAGCGAUGCGUAAUGAAUCAAUGCAUUCACCGAUCGAUAUCACAUUGGCUUUUUUUGGCCAAUCACAUUAAAUAUAAAAAGCUUCGACUUGGCGGUUUAAAAUGGAUUCGGUCAGGUUAGCAGAAACAAACGUCUUUUUUAGGCCUUACAAGGCCAGUUGCUUUGGACAGCAGUAGCUCAGGCAGUAGAAUCUGUGAUAGACGUGGAGAUAAGGGGUGAAAGGUCUAUAUGCAGAUUGUGCAUUAUAUAAUUGGCUACAUAGUAAACAUUUCAUUCCUGAUAAAGAUCUAUAUCAUAAUAUGGUGAUUCUCUUUGAGUGAUCAUGAAUCAUGUAUCAUAUCAUCACACGUCAUAUAAUCUGUUCAUACAGUAUGCACUCAAAAGGUAAGUCCACUCGUGAUGAAAGUAUUUUUCUUAUAUAUUUGUACUAAGUGUUUUUUUAUGUGAAGAGGCUGAUCUAAUUUAUCAGCUGCUAGUGAUCUCACUUCUACAUUGUGUUAUUACGUUUUUGAUAUUAUACUAAUAAAGCAUUCUGUACGUUCAUUUCAA